CCGCCGACCCGGCGAAAAGCGGUCGCAGCUGCGCGCAGGCGCGGGGACGGAGGCCUGGGAUUUAAAGGGGUAGAACUGGCGGCCCCUUCGGGGGAGGGAGUGUUGUUUAGUGGGGUGCUUUUAUCUGAGGAGAGGGGGCUUCGUUACCUCUGCUGGGGAAGAUGGUUUGCGGGGGCUUUGCCUGCUCGCGCAACGCGCUGUGCGCCCUCAAUGUCGUUUAUGUGCUGGUUGGGCUGCUGCUGAUUGGCGUGGCUGCCUGGGGUAAAGGAUUCGGCAUUGUUUCCAGCCUCCACAUCAUCGGAGGGGUCAUUGCUGUGGGUUUCUUCCUACUUCUCAUCGCCAUUGUGGGGUUCAUUGGUGCUAUCAAUCAUCACCAAGUCAUGCUCUUCUUUUAUAUUGUGAUUUUAGGGCUAGUCUUUGCUUUCCAGUUUGGAGUUUCCUGUUCAUGUCUGGCACUCAAAGCAAGUAAACAGGAGAGUCUCCUGAGCGGCGCCUGGAAAUACCUGGAUCCUAGUACAAAGAACUCACUGGAAAAUAGCAUCAACUGCUGCGGGCUGUUCAACCACACUGAUUCUGUGAAAGAAUUCAGGAAAGACUUUGCAGCGUGCACUGCGGUGUGCAAAACAAAAAAUGUAUGCCCCACUUGUGGAAAAGUGAUGAUGGAACAUGCAGGUGAGGCCUUGAAAAUCCUUGGGGGAGUUGGCCUCUUCUUCAGUUUUACAGAGGUCCUUGGAGUGUGGCUUGCCAUGCGUUACAGAAACCAGAAAGAUCCCAGAGCCAACCCCAGUGCCUUUUUAUAGAACACCACCUUUUUCCCACUAUUGUUGUCCAUACCCUCCUUUAGUUAGUUGCUUGUCCCUUAUUCAAGAUACCCUCUUAGUAUCACUUGAAAACAAAGCAACCCUCUUGAGGAAAGAAGGAUUUUGCCACGGUGCCAAAAUGCUGAUUGGAUGAACUAGCAGCGCAAGGGCCGCAUCCUUGACAUGAAGCCUUUGGCAGUUGGCAAAGACAACCCAGUGCUGAACGCAAACGGAAGCCAUUAGUUGCUCCCAAGUAGGGUGACCUAUAGUCUUGUCCUGUUGCUCGCACCAUUGUUGCUCAUAGUUACAAUCACUGUGGUGUUUUUAAAACUUGCCUUUUAGGUUGUUACAUUCAUUUUUAAGGCUUUUUCUAAAGCUGGUCCCCUCCUAACGAUGUCCGUGCUGUAGCAGGGCCAAGUGCUCUGCUGCCCCACUGCAUGAGCACAGGAGGAGCCCUGCUUCUGCCGUAACGGCCUUCCGCAGAUCUGCACUUCGCUCGUCUCACUCGUGCAGGCUCAGCAGAUUCAAGUGCCACAUGAAACAGCUCUAGGGAAGGUUUAGAUUUUAGCCAAACAUUCAGGGUACAAGUACUGGUGUUUUAUUUUUGAUUUUUUUAAUUCUUAAAUAGAAGUAUGUCUGAAUUCAUGAUUUACAAUCAUACAUACAGGUGACCUCUUUCUGAAGGGAAAGCAGGGACCUGUGUAAACCUGUCCAGAGAACUGGAUUACUCAUAAUGUAACUAAGGUCACAUCUGUUACAAAUUCUUUAAGCUGGGUUGAAAGCAGUCUCUCUCAUGGCUUGUUCCAAGGGAACAACAGGGGCUAUACAAUAUUGUUAGUUUGCUACUAAGACUUACCAUUCCAGGUCCUUUUGAUUUACCACUACCCUUGUAGUUCCUCGGCUGGGGAAAUGAGACUGAACUGCUUGCAUGCAUUGUGUGAAGAUAAGCCCUGCUCAAACUUCUGUCUCUAUAUCUGUUUGCAUAUAGAGGAUUUAAAGCUGCAUGUGUGGGGCAUUUUCUCUUGGUUGAGAACUUGCUUACCUUCCUGUAAAUGCUUCUAAUCUCAGUCCACAACCAUUUUGAGAAGUCAUUUAGAAUCUAGAUUCUCCAGGUUCUGUAAAAACUGUAACCACAAUUCUGCUGACUACUGAAACACUGCAAAUUUGCACUGAGCUCCUUCCCUGCUCUCACUCUAGGUUGGCAGACUAGGAAAGGGCUCUUUUGGCUGUGGGUAGCUUCUCCUAACCAAGUUUUCCUUUCAAAGAUCUAUUUUGGUUGGUUUAGGAAAGUCAUGUGAGGGUGUCGCCAACCUUGGAGCAUUUACUCACUUGCUGGUGGAGAUCUUUGGCAUCCUGUAAAAGGCCCCUUUUGAAUUGCAGCUUUAUUUCAUCUUAUCCUGCACCUUGGAAAACAUCCAUGUUAAACUUCUUUUGGAGCCAAGACUGGAAGGUGCUGUUGCCUGUUUUAGCACAGCAGAGGAGUAAGCACUGUAACAAUUCAUCUUUGCCAGAGAUUGGGCAAGGGCAGAUUUUUCCCCCGCCCCCUCACCCCCCCCCAAAAGAGAAGUUUUACAGUGGUGGGAAAGGGAAAACUACAUUUAGGAGGCAAGCUUGCAAAGGACUACUUCUUUGCUGUCAUUUUCUGCCCAAGUGCCAAGAAUGUUCUCUUUUCCUGCAAGCCAAUUCUGUAAGGGCAAGCAAGGCACCUCCCAGGUGCGGGAAGGCUCUCUAGUGUGUCUUCACAUGAAAAGAAGCCUGUUCUUCUAGGCAUCAACAGAAAAAGGGCAUCUACCCACUUCCUCUUAAUGCCGGCACUUGGCAGACUGUGGAAAGAAAGGUAACCGAAGGCCAAGUAAGAGUGAAGGUGAAAACCUUACGGAGAAAUAUUGGAAAUGUUAUGUUGCAGCCUUGUGACAGUUCCAACAAGAACAAGCAGCACUAUGCUAUUUACUGGCAGGACAACGGUGCCUUUUGCAAACACCGCUGCUCCAGACAGAGGUCCAGGAAGGUGGGCAACCUUUGCAGUCACAGUCCUUGCUAGGGGAUGUCCUGCUCAGCUCCUAGAGGAGGAAGCAACACUGGACACUGCGACCUCUUCAUACCAUUGGCAUCAUGUGGGAGACUCAGUAUUAAGAUAGACAAAAAGUUAUAGUGUCAUGUGCUGCUUUCUCGAAGCACUAGCGGAUUGUUGUUUUUCUUUCUUCUUUUACACAAGCCUGUUUUACUCACAUCACUGACACUGAGCUACAGCUUCAUUCAAACUAUCCAGGGGAUGGGAUUUUGGUACUAAACACUUGCUCAACUAUGUUACCCUCAGGGAAUGAUUGGAGCAAGAUGACAUGCACUUUAUCUAGGGGUAACAGGUAACAAGUGACUUGUAGCCAAGUAGUAUUAACAAAUUGGUGUCCCAUCUUGUCUACCUUCAGUAGAAGGUUAGGCUGAUGUCUGCUCAGACACACAACCAGCUUUGCUGGCUGCUUCCUUUGGUGGAUUUCUUUCAGUGCUCUGAAUUUGCUAGAGACUAUCUCUGCCCUGUAGAAGGGGGAAGGGAAGAGUGAAAUGGGAUAAUGUAUGUGAAAUGAGGUUUGAGGUUUAAAUAUUCAGAUCAUUUUGCUGAACUCUACAAGCUUCUCCCCAUCAUGUGUACCUGGACUACUCCCACUGUAGAUUGGAGUUACAGUCUAUUUGAAUAAAUACAUUUCUGUCAAACCCAAA